AUGGCUCAAGUGAGCUGGAUCUGGCUGGCCGCCGCCGGCAUUGGGUGGCGCUCUUGCCGGAGGCAGGAGGAGGAUGAACGGGCCACGGUAGCGCCGCCAGCGGCGACGGCGGCGGAGGGGUUCAGGAUGCCGCUGCACUAUCCGAGGUACAAGAGGGAGGACUACGAGAAGAUGGAGGAGUGGAGGAUCGACGUCCUCCUCGGGGAGUACGGCCUCGCCUCCGAUGGUUCCAUCGACGACAAGCGCGCCUUCGCCAUGGGGACCUUCCUCUGGCCUGAUCAGCUCUAG